UCUCAAGGCAGACUCUCUUUGGGUGUCAACCAAGAUCAAGCGCAAGAACGUGUCAUAAUCGAUAAGGCUACCCAACAAGAAUGCAGGAAGACGAGCAAGCGGGAAGCGAGGUACGAAUUCCCCUGUUGUAUCAUUUAAACCCCUAUCACUCAAUAACGAAAAUAAAACCAGAAGAUUCAGGUGCCAGAGCAUCGCUCUCAUGUCUCGCCGCCUGACAACCCCACUGAAGUUUGUUAUUAAUGUCUUUGAGAUGCAAUUGAUACUAAAAAGCAUAGAACGCUUCCAAAUACCAGAUAGGCGAUGAGGUGCUCCUCAAUCUCGGAAAACCACGAGGUUCUUUCAAGGUUGAAAUUGUGGGUGUCAGGAAGCAUGAAGAAUCGAGACUAUAUCAGUACCAAGUGAAGCAGGGCGAAGAGCCUUACAACAAUGGAGAGUGGGUUGAGCAGAAAAGGUUGAAGUGGCCGCAUUAA